AUUUGAUCGUAAUCACCUGGUCUACGGGUCUCCCCCGGAUGGCAUGAAGAUGAAGAUGAGGGAUCAGGAGCUUAGGAAACGACAGGUGCUCACACGGAAUCCGUACAUGUCACAUAAUACCAAGAAUGGCCAUGGCAAUGGAUCAGUACGUAGAUAAUGCAGUAGUAGGAAUAGCUUCCCAGCCCGCGGACACACAGCCUUCGGCUGAGGCUACCCCAUGCACCCCAUCGCCGCUCCAAUGUGCAUGGGGUGACGUAGUAUUUUAUAUUAUAUGCAGGAGCAGCUCUGUGUGUAUCAUCUUGGGAGAAAAGUGGGGCUAUCCAAAUUUCCAAAUCAAAUCAAAUUGGAGGCUAGAUCUGGAACGGCCGACCAGGGUAAAUGGACGGACCGACAAGUCAAUGAGGGCAUGGCCCACCAGAAAGGAAGGAAGCUCAGCAGUGUGAGUUUAAGGGAACAAGGUGAUCCAAGGGAAAAAUCGGUGUAUAUAGACCCUCCCCAAUUUCCUUCAUCAUGUAUCUACACUCCUUAGCUAUCCACGAUCAUUUAUUUGCAUCUCCUUGAGAUCAUCACCAACGUGAUGCCUACACUCAGGAUAACGCCCCAAUAAACCCCAGA